UCCGACAUUGGCCUACGCAGUUCGUAGACUCGGAGGAAAUUUCCACUCCAAACUGUUUUAGAUGAAUAAACUCGCACAUUGGUUGAUCUCGGUUGUUUGGCAUCUGAUGUGCCUUGUGUAGAACACAGAGUCGAUACUGGGACCUGUGCAGUUAAAAUCUUUUCCCGUUACGUUUUGUUUUUCUGUGACGAAGUUUGGCGCUUGCUAUUUUGGGAGUGGACUACGUUGGUGGAAAUUAAUAACAUUUGACUCAAAAGUAUCUUUUUUCCCUUUUUGUCUCUAGUUUCUCUUUUCUGAUCGACUCUGAUUUAUCUUUAUUUUUGUUCUGAUUUUUACGAUGGAGUUUCAUGGGGGUGGCUCUGGAGGAGUGGUAGUAAGCAGUGGUAAUGUCCCCGCUUUUCUCACCAAACUUUGGACUUUAGUAGAGGAUCCAGAGACGGACCCUCUGAUCUGCUGGAGCCCAAAUGGGACCAGUUUCCAUGUGUUUGACCAGGGAAGGUUCUCUAAAGAAGUCUUGCCCAAGUUUUUUAAACAUAACAACAUGGCCAGCUUCAUCCGGCAGCUCAAUAUGUAUGGCUUCCGAAAGGUGGUGCACAUUGAGCAUGGUGGGCUGGUGAAGCCAGAGAAGGAUGAUACAGAGUUUCAACAUCCCUUUUUCAUCAGGGGACAGGAGCACCUGCUGGAGAAUAUCAAACGCAAGGUCACCACUGUGUCUGCAGUGAAACAGGAAGAGCUCAAGAUGUCCCCAGAGGAGGUGUCAAAGUUACUCAGCGACGUCCAGAUCAUGAAAGGAAAACAAGAAACCAUGGACUCCAAAAUCACUGCAAUGAAACAUGAGAAUGAGGCUCUCUGGAGAGAGGUUGCCAGUCUGAGACAGAAACAUGCCCAACAGCAGAAGGUUGUCAACAAGUUGAUCCAGUUCUUGGUAUCCCUGGUUCAGUCCAACAGAGUUCUUGGAAUGAAGAGAAAGAUCCCCCUGAUGCUGAAUGACUCUAGUUCCGCCCACUCCAUGCCCAAAUACAGUCGUCAAUUCUCUCUUGAACCCCUGCAGGCCUCUCCAGCAAUACCUGCCUCAGCAGGUUUGUCUCCAGCCAGCCUGUACCCAGCUGACAGCCCUCUGAAGUCCGGCCCCAUCAUCUCUGAUGUCACAGAUUUGGCCACGUGCAGCUCCAUAGAGAUCAGCAGUGACUGGACAGAUGCAGGUGAGAGCCCAGUGGUCCAUGUCAAAGAGGAGCCUAACAGUCCUGAAGUGGAGGAGAUGUGUCCUGUGUUGGAAGGAGGGCUUACACCUGUUGACACACCCCUGUCUCCAACUACCUUCUUCAACUCCAUAUUGCAGGAAAAUGAGGCCGUUCCGAACCACAAUCCAUUUGCAGCCAAUCCCAUAUCAGUCAGUCCAGUCAUCAGUAGAGGCUCCACCAACAUUGGGCCCCUCCCCACCAUCACAACUAACCAAUUGAAUCCCUCUGCUCCAGCCCCUCACUUCAGCCCCAGCGCAGCAAAAGCUGACCAGACGUGUCUGAGCGUAGCUUGCAUUGACAAGGCUAAGUUGACGGAUCAUCUUGACAACAUAGACAAUGGUCUAGAAAACCUCCAGAACCUUCUAAAUGCCCAGGCCAUCAGCUUCGACUCCUCCCCUCUUUUUGAGUUUUUCAGUACCUCUGUACCUAGUGGAGACCUUGAUCUGGACAACUUGGACACUCUGCUGUCCCCAGAGAUUCCUAAAGCAACAGAGAGCAUCAACAACUGUACCAACGCAGGGAAGCAGCUGGUGCAGUACAUGGCCACGCCUGUGUUGAUGACUGAACCAAUCAGCUCAGGGGAAGGCGAAGCAGACCUGCCUACGCUACUGGAGUUGGAGGGGGAUUCUUAUUUCAACACAGACCCCCCCCCCAAUGAGGACCUCACCACAUCUCUGCUCAUGACCCCGGAUCCCCCAACUGCAACAGCGCAACAAGCCAAGCUAAUCUAAUGACCAAAGUUCUAUUUCAGCCUGUAGACUGACAGAAGACCUCUACUACAUCCUGUAGACUGACUCUAGAUUGCUGUAGCCUUGGAGCUGUAGUAGUUUACUGUUAACAUGGAGCCCAAAAUACAACCUGGAUUGACUCUGUCUGUACACUUCUCCUAGUAUAUUGUAAACUACAUGUCUCUUUUUCUGACAAACUUCUGCCAUAACCACCAGUAUUCAACAUGUGUCACAGGCAUUUUUGCCAACUGUCAUUGGAAGAUCUCUCAAUGCAUGCUCAAUAAUCCAAGUGUAGAAAUCCCAUAAAAAUUGAAUAAGUUGAUGAACUGUUUCAGUUUUCCAGGAUUCUUUGGACGAUAGUUCACUGAAGGGAUAAUGGUGAUGCUCAGUGAAGACAAGAUGUGCACCUGACUAUAUCGCUCACACUGAAAAUCGAAGUACAAUCUGACUUUGCCAAUGCUGUUGUCCUUACCUUGAUAAAAAGUGAAGCUUUCUUUUUAGAAUCUGUGAGGUAGUGAGUUCACUGGAAGUAAGUCUUGCCAACAAUUCAAGUACUGAGGUUAUUCAAAAACUUUGAAACUUGGUUCUCAUAUGCUAGCAUUGAUCUCUUCUGGUGAUUUCCCAUAUCACAGCAUUCCAUUGAUUCCAUCUCUCUGAAAGCAUCCUGUUAUGGUCCUUGUUUAUUGUCCUACUCAAAUUCAGUACCAAGAGUCACAUGAAAAACUGCCUGUUGAUUCUACACAUAAAGGUAUGUUAAGUCACUUCUGAUGGGAAAAAUGUAUUACUUGUCAAGCCAUUUCUUUUCAGUGACCAACAGAUGAAUAGUUAGUAUGUAUCGUACAGUAAAAGCACCAAGUCGAGUCUCAUCAGAAUCCCACAUGUGCAAAGAAGCUUUGGAGACGUUAGAUAACACACCUUUGUUGAAGGUUGGGGUUAUGACAGAGGUUAGCUGAAGAAAAAAAGUCAAGCAUAAACUACAUUUUAGGUACCAACUGUGUCAGCUAUCUUGGUACACACAAAAGAUUCGGAACAAGAGUUGAAAAACAUACAGUAGAUAUAUGUCCUGAGCUGGCAGGCGGUGGUCGCUGUCGACAGGUAUUUAUUUCAUCCUGUCUCAUUUUCUCUACUAAUGACAAAAACCAAUCCUUUGUUUUUCUGCUCAUCUAGCAAAACAAUCUUGCAGAAGUCAGAGGGUAAAGACCCUCUUAAAGCCAGGACACUGACAAUCAGAGACUCAGGGCUGGAAGCCUGAUGCCAGAACCUGAAGGCUUGAGGCGCAAGGUUGGAUCUAACCUCUUCAGCUGUGAAUGAGACUAAAGGACAGCUAUGGGAUUUUAAAAUGACAUGUUUGAAUGUUUUAUGAGUCCUGGGGUCAUCAUGCUGACUCUACACAGGAAGAGAAAGUUGUAUUUUUUUUUGCUUUGCCUGUUGGUGAAAGGCUAUAGUUACCUGCUUAGAUACCUACACCAGAUCUAUAGAGCUGGAUUUCACCUUUAUAGACCCCACAUGUGUUUAGACAUGUUAAGUUUAGAGACAUGUUAACUCUCUCAUUGUGUCCUGCAUAAUGCAAAACCAAACAAGGCUGGGAAGGGGAUUGAUGGCUUUCACGGGUUUGAAUACAGACACAGCAAUGGCAGGGGAAACCUAGUUUCUAACUCCAUUUUAUUUGUUAAAAGUUAAAGUCAUAACACAAGUAACCCCAAAAUAAAUGAAUCAGUCAAGUUAGUUUUGUUUCAACCAAGCAGCAGCAUUUAGUAAAUCAGGAAUGAUUUGCCAGUGCAGUCCUAACGAGGCUUAGCAGGUCAGGACUCAUCUGACUUGGUGUCUGUUGUGGUUUGAAUCUGUUGAUCAUCUUAUUUGAAAAUGUCUUUGUGUUCUUUAUACUUUCUUUUGAUUUCAGAGGAUUUAGUCUAGACAAUGAAAUUAUGUUUGUGAAAUGUUGAAAUGAUCGCUACCAAGUACAAAUGUCCAGCAACAUGAAAACUCUGAAAACUACAGUCCCGAAACUCCUGUUUUACUGGACCAGUGUGUGUCCUAUGUAGGUGUUACUGGACCAGUGUGUGCCCUAUGUAGGUGUUACUGGACCAGUGUGUGCCCUAUGUAGGUGUUACUGGACCAGUGUGUGUCCUAUGUCGGUGUUACUGGACCGGUGUGUGUCCUAUGUAGGUGUUACUGGAGCAGUGUGUGUCCUAUGUAGGUGUUACUGGAGCAGUGUGUGUCUGUGUAGGUGGUGGUGAGGUGAGUGCUGAGCUCCAUUCAGAGUGAAUGAGAAUCAGUGGGGCUAUUGGGUCAGAACCCACCAUAAGACCUGGUAGAACCUGAGUUGUACUUAUUGAUGUAGGACUCUGUGUUGGUGAAGGUCUUCUACCAGCUUGUUCUGUCAUAUCUGAUGUGACACAACACCUUCACUUCUUCAAACUCAUCACUACCUGUGUUCCUCUUCCUCAUCUGGCUCCUGUGAUGAAGAUGGAAAACAUCAACCAUCCACAUCAAAUACUAUUAGAGUCUGCAGGAUUUGGAGAUUUGUGUUUUGCUAUACUAAAUAUAAUCACUAAUAAAAACUAUUACAACAUUUGUUUACGCUGUAAAUGUUCAGUGUAAAAAAAUAACUCGCGAUAAAAUUGUAUCGGCAUGUAUUUAAAACUGGUCCCUAAAGUCUUAUUUUCUCUUGGCUUACUUCAGUUUUAUUAGACAUGUUAUUGCUUUUGUUAGAAAUAGAUGUUCUUCAUAUUAAGAGGUCAGUAAAUAUAAAUAAGUAAUGAAUAUAAAUCUUGUUGCUUUUAUUAGAAGGUGAUGUCAUAUUCUACUGACAUCAUGGAACAGUGAGCUGUUCCCAGAUCAGUUAUGCUGAUGGUGCGUCUUCUAUUUUGAGUUUCUUCUUUACACCUUUUGUUGAGUGUUGAACUCCAAAACGUCACCUGCUGUGUUUUCCCCAAGAUGUGUGUUCUGCUAUUAUUAUAUUAUUACUGUUGCAGCUUGUGUGUCAGUGAUAAUAAACAGCUUUUACAA